AUGGUCCAGUACAUCUUUACCCCGUGGCGCGACCGCCAGGAGCUGCUCCUCGUCCGCGACCAGCUCUACGCCGACACACAAGACGAUGCCGAUCCCGAUGCCCGUCGCGCCCGUCAAAACCUCGCCGUCGCCCGCAUCUCCAUGUGGGUGCAUCGAGGCAACUGCCCGCACAUGGUGGAGUCGACCGCCCUGCUCUUCGCUGCGGUCCUCAGCGAUGAUAUGGCCGCUACUCAGAGCGCCGGCUCUUCCACUUAUGCCGUCCGAGCAGCUUAUUCGGCGGCCUUUAGUCGAUUCGUCACUGGUCUCCUCGACGGCCACCAAGACAAGCUGCGCAAGCAGAGCAUGUAUUCACUCGCCAAGACGAUAGGCUUGCCGGCAACCUUUGUCGAGCUGCGCCAUCAGGCCACCCACGAGCAGCUGCCUUCUCUCGCAAAGCUGCGCCCGGCCGCGCAUACGGCCCUGGACUGGAUCUGGCACUAUUACUGGAAGCAGCUCGACCAAGCCAGCGACGCUCCUGCGCCGCAAGAUCCUUGCAAAGAGGCGAUCCUAUGCUACCUACGCGAAGAGGACGAGAAUCGCAGGCAGACGCUGAUUGCGCGCGAGCUGAGCAGGUGGAAGAUGGACAAGCUCAUGGCUGCCAUCAAAGAGUUGCAAGCGACGCUCCCCGGAAACCAGGUAUAUCUGAAAUGUAUGAAGCUGAAGCAAGAGCUGCUCGCGAUGGAAAAGGCCAAGCCGCAUGCGCCAGCAGCCGCAGAAACCGAUCCUGCUUCGCAAGUAUCGAAGCCGGCAACGUCUGAAGGAAAUGGUACUCAGGAAGACGAAUCAGACGACGACGAUAUUGGCUGGUCCAAAUACAAAGGACAGUGGAAGCCAAAACCGAUUGGCAUUCUCGCCGUCUCUCGCGCCAUGCAUAUCCAAUCCAUUCCCAUGUGGGUGGGCACCAGCAACAACUAUGCCUAUCUCGUGGUCGACGAUAAAUCUAAAGAUGCCGUCAUAAUUGACCCGGCCAAUCCCCCAGAAGUCGCGCCUGUUCUCAAGGAUGCCACCGCCGCCGGCAAGAUUAAUCUGACGAGCAUCGUCAACACUCACCACCACUGGGAUCAUGCGGGAGGCAAUAAGCAGCUGCUUGAGGAUCUUGGCAACCCCAAGCUCGGAAUCAUUGGCGGCAAAGACUGCGAAGGCGUUACGCAGACCCCCAAGCACGGGGAAGUCUUCAAGAUUGGCGACAUUUCCGUCAGAGCCGUCCAUACGCCCUGCCACACCCAGGACAGCAUCUGCUACUACAUGGAGGACAACACGGGCAAGGCCGUCUUUACCGGCGACACGCUCUUUAUCAGCGGAUGCGGUCGCUUCUUUGAAGGCAACGCCACCGAGAUGGACGAGGCUCUGAACAAGCGAUUAGCUGCCCUUCCGGAUGACACUGUCGUCUACCCUGGCCACGAAUACACCAAGGCCAACGUGCAGUUUGCCAUUUCUGUUCUGCAAAGCGAGCCCGUCAAGGCGCUGCAGGACUUUGCCGAGAACAACAAAGUCACCACUGGCCGAUUCACCAUUGGCGAUGAAAAGAAACACAAUGUCUUUAUGCGUCUCGACGACCCCGUCGUGCAAAAGGCCACUGGCGCCACCGACCCUGUGAAGGUCAUGGCCCAGCUGCGCGAGAUGAAGAACAGCUUCAACUUUCGCACUCCACCGAAGCGCAAGCCCGCGGCGGCGGCGACCACCGCGCCCAGAGCACCGCGCCAGUCCAAGCUCGCAAAGGAGCACAACGUGUCGGCGCAAGAAGAAAACGAGAUCCAGGAAGCCUACAGUCUAUUUGCGGAGCCCAUGGAUGGGGAAAAGCACGGCGUGUUGCCGAUAGACGACGUAAAGUCUGCGCUCAUCGCUCUUGGGAUACCACCCUCCUCCCCUGCCGAGCUCAGAGAAUUUCUCUCCAUCCUGGACCCCGACGAUGAAGGCUACGCGACCUACGAGCCCUUUUUCGCCAUUGCCGCGCUCAAGUUUCACAAUCAGGCAGAAGACGACAAUGACGGCGCCGGCGCGGCGCACAGGGCGGCGCUGGACGAAGCGUUUGGGUUGUUUACGAACCACCAGGGCGGGCCAAUCUCGCUGGCGCACCUGCGGAGGGUGGCGGCGGUGCUCAAGGAGGAUGUGGACGAGGAGCUGCUCAAGGACAUGAUCCUCGAGGCGAAUGGAGGUGCGGGGGUAGCGCGGGGCGUGAAGAUGGAUGAAUUUGACGAGGUGAUGCGGAGGGCGGGCGUGUGGCGGUGA